AGGAGGCGGCGGCGCGCAGGGCCAGCCUGGACUCCGCCGCGGGCGGGGUCUGGGGCCCGGAACAUCUCGGUCGCGGUGCGCGUGCGGCCGCUGGCCGGGGCAGCGCAGCAGGGCGCGAGGGACGGGGUCGGGGGCGGCUCGGCGCUGUGGACGGUCGGCAGCGGCCCCGACAGGGGCUGUCUCCGCGACAAUCAGGGGGGCGACCAGUGGACGUUCGACCACGUUUUCGGCCCCGAGCACGAGACCUCCGAGAUCUUCGACGUGUGCGUGCGGGACGUGGUCCGCUCCUUUUGCGAGGGUGUCAACUGUACGGUGUUCGCGUACGGCCAGACCGCCUCCGGGAAGACCCACACGAUGCUGGGAGAUGGCCUAUGCUCGGGCAUCAUCCCAGCGGCCGUGGCUGAGAUCUUCAAGGUGGUCGAGGCCAGACAUCACGAGUGUCGCUACUCUGCGUCCGUCUCCUUCAUGGAGGGUCGGCGGCUAUAUAACGAAAAGGUGUCGGACCUCCUCGCGCCCGACGGUUCCCGGGAGGUGCGGCUGCAGGUGGAUCCCAGCGGCAGCCUGCUGCUGGGCGGCCUGCAGACGCACGCGGUCGCCUCCCCCGCGGAGCUGCUCCGCCACCUCGCCGUGGGCACGUCCAGGCGGCACAGCGCCGAGACGCGCAUGAACGCCCGCUCCUCGAGGUCCCACUCCAUGCCGACGAGCCUCGGCCCGGGGAGCGGCGGGCCGGACCCCCGUGUGCCUGGGGGGCCCAUCGCUUUGGCACCCCUGGACUUCCGGAGCCCGCGGCGAGCCGGGCCCAC